AUGCUCUCUCAUCUUCCCACCGAAAUCACCCAUCUGACCUUAGCGGAACUUAAGGACUACAUAUCCAGUGGUACAUGGUUAAACAGCAACGGCUUGAACGAAUCGGACCCGGACAUCUCCUUAGUGUCAUAUCCAAGGAAGGUCGUCGCGAUCGAUAUAGCAGGUGUCCCGCUCAUCGUCAAAUUCGGAACAAUGGUAUCUCUCAAUGAGGCCGACGUUACGCGUUAUGUUGCCAACCACACAUCUGUUCCUGUCCCCGCCAUCUACCACACAUUUGUCGAUACGGACCGUCCACUCACAGUCACCUACAUCAUCGAGGAAAGACUUCCUGGCCAUACACUCCAGUCUAUCCUGACUACCAUUGGUUUGGACGAUCAGGAGACGAUUUCUAGGGAGCUAGCAGAUAUCUUAUGCCAGCUCUCGACCCUCAGCGGUCAUCGGACUACUUUGGGACCGAUGGAUGGCCCAUGGCAAAACUCGUACUUCACAGAACUCCUAGAGGACUACCCGUGCACCGUUGAGGAUGCAAGAACGACACGAGACUUUAUCGAAUACUUUUUACGUGUCAAGGGGUAUCGUGAUCCUUGCCAGCCGAUCAAGACAAUCGAUGAGUCCCUUCAACCAUUCGACCUUCAGCGCGCCCCGCUCUUCUCUCACGGAGACAUGGGCCCGGCGAACAUCAUGGUCGCGGGUGGCCAUAUCGUGGGGAUCAUAGACUGGCAUGAGGCAGGAUGGUACCCUUACUUCUGGGAGGACUUCGUGGCGGCAGGGGCGGGUUGUAUGAUCCCAUCCAGGGAGGGUCAGGAUAACUGGUAUGCAAUAAGUCCUAACCUUCCCGUGACUUUUCUCGAGGAGAUGGACGCCUUUAACCGGAUAUGGGGUAACGCACGGUACUAUUAUAUGUGAAAAGAUUAUGGCAUACCU